AUGAACCCAGCGGCAGAGCUACCUGAACUUGGGAUGAAUCAACCACAAUUGCAUCGCGACAAUCCUGGCUCCAAUAUGGCUGCCGCUACAAUUGAAAUACCGUUCUUGUCGUCACAUUACGCGAUCGCAGAGUCGACUCUGAGCACCCUCACUGAAGCUCCCACGGUCGAACUCGUCAACCAACUACUGGAAGCUAUCACGAAGAAGGCGCGAGAGACUGAUGAACUAAAGUCGGAUAAGCUUCGACUUGAAGUCGAGCUUGAGAAUGCGGUUCGCAGCAGCGAGACCAAGAUUAAGGUGCUGAAAGGUUCGGUCGAGAAGGGCCAUGCGGAGGUUGAGGAAACAAGGAAGAAACUUCACGAAUCAGAAACUGUCCGAUCAUCCUUAGAAUCUGAAAUCGCCGCGCUAAAGUCAUCGUCCACAUCAAACGAUUCCGAACUCAGCUCACUCAAAUCCCGUAUAACCUCCCUCGAAGCAUCAAAUCGCGACACUCUAGCGUUACUUGAAUCUAAAUCGGCUGCUUAUGACAAGCUCGCGGAAGAACUAUCUACACAACACAAAAAGACAAUUGAGUUACGACGUGAGCUUUCCACUGCCGAGCAGAAUCUCCAGGCUGCAAACUCUGCUUCCGCUAGUGCGAAGCUUCGCGAACAAAGUCUCCAGAACGAGCUGGAGCUGACAAAGAAGAAUAAUGAGUGGUUUGAGACAGAGCUAAAAACCAAGUCCGCGGAGUACCUCAAGUUCCGCAAGGAAAAAAGUGCUCGAAUCGCAGAACUUCAGCGCGAAAACGAAGAGGCAAUUGCGACUACCGAGUCUCUGAGGCGUAGCGAAAAUGCGCUCAAGAGCCGCCUGGAUGAAGUUGAACAGCGCUAUGAAGAAUCGCUCUCUAGUAUCCAGCAGCUCAAGGAAGAAGCGAUCCAAGCUGCCGAGUCAUUCCGGAUAGAGCUGGACAGCGCAAAUCGUCUAGCGGAGCUGCAAGAAAAUGCCGCAAAGACAGCUAAGAACCGUGUGCAAGAAUGCCAGUUGGCGCUGGAGAAAGUGAGGGAUGAUGCGGCGGAAGAGAUUUCGCGUCUGCGUGUCGAAAUCGAGACUGAGCACAGUGAUAAGGAGGCUGCGGAGCGUCGUGUUGCCGAGCUCGAGCUCACCAUCAAUCAACUCGAAACGGAGGGCGCAGCUGGAAGGAGAUCCAUGAGCCCUGCCCGUGGAUUGAAUGGCGCUCCAGGAACACCAGUACGCCCCAGUACUCCGCUCGGCACAUUUUCUCCCCGGACAUCGCGAUCAAAGGGUAGUUUGACUCUUACGCAAAUGUAUACAGAGUACGACAAGAUGCGGACAAUGCUUGCUGCUGAGCAGAAGACUAACCAGGAACUCCGAUCCACUUUGGACGAAAUGGUUCAAGAUCUGGAAGCUAGCAAACCUGAGAUCGAUGAGCUUCGCGAAGACCACGCCCGUUUGGAGAAUGCGGUCGUUGAGAUGUCUAAUAUUCUAGAUACUGCUGGCAAAGAACGGGAUGAGGCUACGAAAGAGAGCAGGAAAUGGCAAGGCCAGGUGGAGGGAUUAGCACGAGAGGGUGAUAUUUUGCGCCAGCAACUGAGAGAUCUGAGUUCCCAAAUCAAGGUUCUCGUGCUGGAAGUCACUCUCUUGAAGGAGGGUGAAGCAAACUAUGACCGUGAAGAACUUGAAAAGGUCGCCCGCAGAGAAAUCGAAGACUCUUCGGCCGACCUCACCCCUACUGGCCGAUUCAUUAGCCAGAACCUAACCACGUUCAAAGAUCUGCACGAGCUUCAGGAGCAGAAUGUCACUCUUCGUCGCAUGUUGAGAGAGCUAGGAGAUAAGAUGGAAGGCGCAGAAGCACGGGAGAGGGAUGUUACUCGGCAGCAGGAACAGGAGGAACUAAAGGAGUUGAGGAUCAGGGUGCAGACAUACCGGGACGAAAUUGCAAACCUCAUUGCUCAGACUAAGAGCUAUGUUAAGGAGCGUGACACAUUCCGCAGCAUGCUGACUCGCAGAAGACAAACGGUUGGCGGCGAUGCUGUAUUUUCACAGUCUCUUCCUCUUGGUGCCGCUCCACCGGCGUCUGAAAACUCAACGGGCGUCCCUGACUACGCCGAACUGUUGCGGAAGGUUCAAGCACACUUUGAUAGCUUCAGGGAGGAAACAGCUACAGACCAUGCGGCUCUAAAGCAACAAGUCAACGAACUUUCGCGCAAGAAUAGUGAAUUGAUGAGUGAGGCGAGCCGUUCAAACAGUCAACUUGUUGCUGCAACCCAACGUGCGGAGCUUCUUCAGAGCAACUUCAAUAUGCUCAAGACCGAGAACGCAGAAUUGCAGAAACGUUACGCUGCGCUGUUCGAGACCGCCAACCGACAGGAUCUUAGGACUCAGCAAGCCGCAGAAGAUCUUGUCGAGUCGAAAGGCCUUAUUGACAGCCUCCAGCGUGAGAGCGCGAACUUAAAGGCCGAAAAAACUCUCUGGAAGAAUAUCGAGAAACGACUCAUUGAGGACAAUGAGACCCUACGGAAUGAGCGUAGCCGUCUUGACUCGCUUAAUGCAAAUCUGCAGAACAUUCUUAAUGAGCGGGAACACGCAGACUCUGAGAGUCGCAGGAGGCUUCAACAGAGCGUUGAAUCUCUCGAAUCAGAAUUGCAGACAACGAAGAGAGAGCUGAACGAGCAGAUUGAGGAGUCUAAGAAAGCCACUUUACGACGCGAGUACGAGCAUGAGCAGAACCAGAAGCGUAUCGACGACUUAGUGACUAGCCUAAGCUCCACGAAGGAAGAGUUGGUUGCGGUCAAGACAACCAGAGAUCAUCUACAGUCUCGCGUUGAUGAACUCACUGUCGAGCUUCGGAGUGCAGAGGAACGGCUUCAGGUCCUGCAGUCUCGGCCCAGUGUUUCUGGCGCUCCCGCUGAAACCGCUCCUCCUGAAGGGUCACAAGAGUCCGGCUUGACCAGAGAGCAAGAACUCAGCAUUGAAGUGUCUGAGUUGAAACGCGAUCUUGAAUUAGCAAGGACCGAUCUAGAGCAUGCUAAAGAGCAGGUUGAGGACUACAAGGCCAUUAGCCAAGCGACGGAAGAGCGACUGCAGUCAGUCUCUGAUACCAACGACCAAUACCGCGAAGAGACCGAGCAGCUUGUCAAAGAGAAGGAUGCAAGGAUACAGGACCUGGAAAAACGAAUUGAAGAGAUCUCCUCUGAGCUUUCUGCGACCAACACUGAGCUCUCUAAAUUACGUGACGGACAGAGUGAAGUUGCUCGACGUUUAGAGGAGCAAAAAGCCAGUCUGGAAGCAGAUAUUGCAAGGCUCACGGAAGAAAACGAGCGUCAAAUUGCUGCAGCUCAAUAUCACCAGGAGGAUCUGAAAGCUCAGGCGGAAAUUGCACAGCACGCCCAGCAAAACUACGAGAGCGAGCUAGUCAAACAUGCUGAAGCCGCCAAGAAUCUCCAGACGGUUCGGGCCGAAGCCAACCAGCUGAAGCUGGAAGUUGUCGAGCUGCGAACUCAGGCUGAAACUUUUAAGAAGGAUCUUGCUCAAAAGGAGGAAAGCUGGAAUGAGCGCAAGGACCGAUACGAAAGCGAGCUUCUGGAGUUACAGAAGCGCCGUGAUGAAGUCUUACAUCAGAACAACCUGCUUCAUUCCCAAAUCGAGAACAUUACUAAGCAGAUCUCAGCCUUACAACGUGACCGAGCCACCAUUGCUGAGACCGAGCAGGAUAAUGGCGAGGCGGUUGCGCCGAACCUAGAAGGCCUGCAGGAGGUCAUCAGCUUCUUGCGUCGCGAGAAGGAGAUUGUUGAUGUUCAGUAUCACCUGUCCACACAAGAGGCCAAGCGGCUACGCCAGCAACUCGACCACGCUCAGUCCCAGCUUGAUGAGGCGCGUCUCAAACUUGAACAGGAGCGUCGAGCCCAAACUGACAGUGAGAGCGCUGACUUGAGCCACAAUAAACUUAUGAAUACGCUGAACGAGCUCAACAUUUUCCGUGAAAGCAGUGUCACUCUACGUAGCCAGCUUCAGCAAACCAAGACUGCCCUUGCUGAGAAGUCUGCUCGCGUUGAUGAAUUGGUUCAGCAGAUAGCGCCCCUCGAGACCCAGAUCCGGCAACUUGAGGACGCCGUUGAGACCAAGGACGAAGAGAUGAAGCUCUUGCAGCAAGACAGGGACCACUGGCAACAACGGACGCAGAACAUUCUCCAGAAAUAUGACCGAGUGGACCCAGCUCAGAUGGAAGAAUUGAAGCAGGAAUUGGAGAAAUUGAGGACGGAAAGAGACGAGGCCAUUUCGGCUCGUGAAGCCCUUGAGAAACAGGUUGAAGCGUUCCCCGAGCAGUUGAGCGCAGCCGAGCAGAGGACGCAGGACCUUCGUUCCAAGCUCACAGAACAGUUCAAGGCUCGUUCCAGGGAACUUAUGGGUCGUGUCAACGCCAAGCAAACCGAGUUAGACGCCGUGGUCCAGGAGAGGGAGGUACUGCAGGAGGAGUUGAAGACUACCAAGGAGGAGUUGGAAGCAUUGAAGAGUAAGCUCGCCGAAAAGCCUGAGGCGCCAGCGGACCAGGGCACAGUCGUCGACUCUACGCCGGCAUCUCAGUUCCCAAUUCCUACGACCCAGGCACCCGCACCGACGGACGACGAACGAGUCAAGGCGCUGGAGGAGAAGGUGCAGCGUCUUGAAGCCGCUCUUGCCGAGAAGGAGAGUGUUUUGGCUGCCAAGGAUGCUGAGCACGAGACCAAGGUUAAAGAGCGGGUUGAGAGAUUGAAGGAAGUUUUCAAUAACAAGAUGGCUGAGGUUAGGGCAAACCAUCGACAGGAGAUUGAACGCUUGACAGCUACUCAGGGUGGAGCUCAUGAAGGCGCUGAAGGUGCCCAAGAAACUCCAGGGACACCGCAACCUAAACAGCAGCCUCCCGCAACGCCAAGCAAGUCCGAAGACGGCCUUCCAGACUUGACGGAUGCCCAGGCUAGACAACUCGUUGCGCGAAACGAGACCAUCCGCACAAUUCUCCGCAACAACAUUAAGCAACAACUCGCCAAGGAGAGAGAGAAGCAAGGACAAGAAACUCAAUCUACCCAGGAUGCCAUCGCAGCUGCAGAGCAAAAAUUCAACGAUGAGCGGGAGGCGCUCAGGAAAGCGCACGAGGAGGGAAUGGAGGAAAAGAUCAAGUCUGCUGUUGAGCUGUCGGAUAAGAAAUAUCUGGCUAGGAUCAGCAUGCUUGAUUCCAGGUACAGAAACACACAGGCCAAGGUCGACAUCGUGUCGAAGGCGGCCACUGAGACGCCGCAAAAACCUGUUGUCGAAGUAUGGGAGAUUGCAAAGGUUGCUAAAGCUCCACCCGCCCAAGCACAGACACCUAAGCCUUCGCCAGCGACCCCGGCACAAGUUGCCUCUCCCGCACCUCAGGUGGCGCAACCUGCACCUACUCCAGCCCAAACCGGCGCUGCAAGUCAACAAAGUGCCCCUGCACAACCCCCAACACAAGCACCUGCCCAAGCGCCUGCCCAAGCGCCUACCCAGGCUCCGACCCAAGCUCCGGCCCAAGCUUCGGCCCCGGAAGCUGCUCCUGGCGCAGCCGCAGCCGCUCCAGCUCAACCUCAGCCAAGUGAGCAGCCCUCGCAGACACAACAACCACAGUCAGAAGAAGGUUCUUCAGCUGCUCCCCCCCCUGCCACUGCCACAAGCGGUGUUCCCAACCCAUUUGGUCAAACUCAGAACAAACAACAGCCGCAGCCGCAGCCGCAGGGUUCCAACCUACCCAACAAGCCACCAGCAGGCGGAGUGCUUCGCACGUUGCAGUCUGGGCUUCCAGUCGCGCGAGGCGGACGAGGCGGUGCUCGGGGCGGAUCUCACCAGCAGAAUCCGUUCGGCCAACUCGCACAACAGGCGCAGUCCCAGGCACCCCAGCAGCAGCAACAGUCCCAACGCGGUGGCGGCAUCGCUCGCGGCCGUGGCGGACGAGGAGGCCAGGGUAGAGGCGCACACCAGAACACCCAGGCUCAAGGACAAGCACAAGGACAAGCACAGGGCCAGGCCCAAGCCCAGGCCCAACCCAGUGCAGGCCGAGGUGGGCUGAAUGCUGGUGCACGCCAGUUUGUCCCCCAGGGCAACAAGCGAGCUAGGGAGGAUGGCACUGAUAAUGCAAACGAGGGCGGCAAUGCCGGUGGGAAGAGGAUGCGCGGUGGUGGUCAUACACGGGGAUCUUGAGUGGCAAGCUGCAUUUUGCAUUGGAAUGUGAUUUUUGUCUAUCUAUGUACUCUUGAUUCUAGCAUAUUCGGGAUAAGGUUUUAUGGAAGAUAGUUUCACAUGAUCUCAAGUCGAUAUUUCUUUUGUCAAUGGAGU